GCUCGGCGCUGCCAUGUUGAGGAGCCGCCGCCGCUGCCGCCGCCGCCGCCGCCGCCGCCGCUUUGUUGUCGCCUCCUCCGGCUGAGGAGGCUCCCCGAGCGGGGGGAGCGGGGAGGAGGGGGCUCGGCCGCCGCCGCCGCCGCCGCCAUGGAGGCCAACUGGACCGCGUUCCUGUUCCAGGCCCAUGAAGCCUCCCAUCACCAACAGCAGGCAGCCCAGAACAGCUUGCUGCCCCUCCUGAGCUCUGCUGUGGAGCCCCCUGAUCAGAAGCCGUUGCUUCCAUUACCAAUAACUCAGAAACCUCAGGCACCACCAGAAACAUUAAAGGAUGCCAUUGGGAUUAAAAAAGAAAAACCUAAAACCUCCUUUGUGUGCACUUACUGCAGUAAAGCUUUCAGGGACAGCUACCACCUGAGACGCCAUGAGUCCUGCCACACUGGGAUAAAAUUAGUGUCACGGCCAAAGAAAACCCCUACCACAGUGGUACCCCUUAUCUCCACCAUCGCCGGAGACAACAGCCGAACUUCGUUGGUCUCAACCAUUGCAGGCAUCUUGUCAACAGUCACUACAUCUUCCUCUGGCACAAACCCUAGCAGCAGUGCCAGUUCCACUGUUAUGCCAGUGACACAGACAGUCAAGAAGCCCAGUAAGCCAGUCAAGAAGAACCAUGCUUGUGAGAUGUGUGGGAAGGCCUUCAGAGAUGUCUACCACCUUAACCGGCAUAAGCUCUCUCAUUCAGAUGAGAAGCCCUUUGAAUGUCCUAUUUGCAAUCAGCGCUUCAAGAGGAAGGAUCGGAUGACUUACCAUGUGAGGUCUCAUGAAGGAGGCAUCACCAAACCAUAUACUUGCAGUGUUUGUGGGAAAGGCUUCUCGAGGCCUGACCACUUAAGCUGUCACGUAAAACAUGUCCAUUCAACAGAGAGACCCUUCAAAUGCCAAUUUUCCUCCCUCAUGCAGACAUGCACUGCUGCCUUUGCCACCAAAGACAGACUGCGGACACAUAUGGUUCGCCAUGAAGGAAAGGUAUCUUGUAAUAUCUGUGGUAAACUUCUGAGUGCAGCGUAUAUCACCAGCCACUUAAAGACACAUGGGCAGAGCCAAAGUAUCAACUGUAAUACAUGUAAACAAGGCAUCAAUAAAACAUGCAUGAAUGAAGAGACCAGCAACCAGAAGCAGCAGCAGCAGCAGCAGCAUGUGACCAGUUGGCCAGGGAAGCAGGUAGAGACACUGAGAUUGUGGGAAGAAGCUGUCAAGGCAAGGAAGAAAGAAUGUCAGUUCACCUUUGAGAAGGCUAUAGAGUACGUACCAUUCGAAGCUGCUAACCUGUGCCAAACCUCCACGGCUGCUACGACACCUGUGACUCUUACUACUCCAUUCAAUAUAACUUCCUCUGUGUCAUCUGGGACGAUGUCAAACCCAGUCACAGUGGCAGCUGCAAUGAGCAUGAGAAGUCCAGUAAAUGUUUCAAGUGCAGUUAAUAUAACCAGCCCAAUGAAUAUAGGGCACCCUGUAACUAUAACCAGUCCACUCUCUAUGACCUCUCCACUAACACUCACCACCCCAGUCAACCUCCCUACCCCAGUCACUGCCCCAGUGAAUAUAGCACACCCAGUCACUAUCACGUCGCCAAUGAACCUACCCACACCAAUGACAUUAGCUGCCCCACUAAAUAUAGCAAUGAGACCUGUAGAGAGCAUGCCUUUCUUACCCCAAGCUUUGCCCACAUCACCACCUUGGUAAACAGUGUUAUUAAAAAAAAAGUUAAAGUAAAUAUUUACCAGCAACAUUUUUUAGUUUAUUAAAGUAAAAGUCAAACCAAGAAAUUGGGAGAUCUUAUUACACUAGUUAAUAAAAGACUAAGUAGCAUUUUUCUCCAAUUUGGGAUUUUUCAAAGUAGGGUGUACAAAGUGAUCACUGCACCACUUCCGUUUAAGCAGAUUUUUCCUUUUAGCUCACAGCAAUGUUGAAAUGGAAUAGUAGUUGAUGAGAUAAAAUACCACAAAUAAAACCAGACAUAUGAAGUGAAACGCAUAUGUGCAAAAAAGUAGCAUUACUGUUUUUAUCCCAGGAAUUAUUCUUACUAGGAAAUCAUUUUGCUUUAAACACUAGCAGAACUCUUCCUCUCCCAAAUAAGGUGGACGGCUGAUUUUUAACCUGCCGCUUCUAAAUCCACUUAUUGAGAGCUAGUGUAGAAUUAUCUACAUUUAAUGUUUUUAUGAGUAAAUGCAUUACAUUGUCAUAAUAAAAUGCAUUUCAGAGAAUAUGCAUUUUACCUUUGGGAAUAUGUUAAUUUCAGGCAGCAUUCCCUAUGGGAAAGGUGAUACCAGCUCUGAUAUGCAAAGCAUAUGAUAAUUUAUCAUUCUAACUUCAACAUAUAAUAGGGAUUGUGACCUGAUAUUUGGAGAUGUAAAUAUUGCUCAGCAUAUUAAUCCUGAUGGAGUAUAGCAUUGUAGUUGACUUUUUAAAAAAAAAACAAAAACAAAAAACAAAAAUUGUGUUUGGUAAGGAAAGGCUGCUCCUGACAGAGGAGGAGACAAAAGUAUGUAAACAGGGAGGCUCCUAGCCUUUGAAGACCUCUGGGACUCUUAUUCAAGAGCCAGGGAGUACUUUGGAAUACUUAAGAAAUAUUGCUUUAAAAUUGGAAGAUGCUGGAGGCACUUAGAUGUAAUGUAUAUGCCCCUCUUUCUCCCAAUCAGAACCUGUUGAUAUUGCAACAGGGAGAGAUGUGUUAGUUGCUCACUAGAAGUUUUGUCUUAUAUUAAAUUGUAUACAGUUUUUAUUCUAACCACUAACUAGGUAGUAUACCCCUUCAGGACAAGCAGAGUGUGUCUUUUUUUUUUUAUUUCUCUUUCCCUAUUUUCUUAAUCAAGUGUUGUGCAGAUCUGUUGACUUUUGUAAAUAUUUACAACAUCACUUUUUUCCUUAAAAAAAUUUUUUUAAUUAAAGAAAACACUUCUAUCAACUUUGUAGUGUUUUCAGGGAGGCAAUUGUCUGAGCUCCCUGCAAAAACCCUGCAAUGAUCACACACAUUGAGACAUGUGCUUUUUGUUUCUUAGCAGAAUGUUUUUUCUGUACAUAAGGUAGAAACCAAAAGCUAGGAAAACAGAUACUCUUUAGAUCAUCAUGCCACACAUUAAUAUUUUAAAAACAUUGUUUAAAAGAAAAUCCAAAACCAAGACUCUACACGAUCUCUUUUUUUAAGUUGCAAUUUGUGUGUUUCGUUUUUUUUGUUUUUAAUCUUGCAGUUGAGAGAAAUGGAAAUUAGUUGUGUUAAUCUUGCAGAAUGUUUGCAGGACUAUCAAACUGGACGACUUCCGUUUGUACCCCUCUGUGUCAGUCCAACAUCAAAAUACCUUGCUUUCUGAGGCAGACUUCCUACAUCAGGGACAGGUAUCUGUGUCAUUAUACAAAACAGUUCUAGGGGGUUGAACUACAUAGUAAAAAAAAUCAAAUAAAAUAAAUAGAACUUAGUGUAAAAUAAUUUUAUAAAUGAUCUUUUGUACUUUAGGACAUUAAAUUGUACAACUUUUGUAUAUAUAAAAGCUUAGGAACUUUCUGUUUAGCAGGAAGGCAACACAUUCCUACACUUUUAAUGUAUAUGUUUGUUAUAAUGUCCAUGUAAACAUAUGCCCUAUGUUUGUGCCUUUUUAAUUAGUUUGUCUCAAUAAACAAAAUGUAGAGAAAAAUAUGUAGCUAUGACUUUGUUACAAUUGUUCUUAUCCACAGUCCAGAGAUCUGUUUGUUUUUCAUAUGUAGAGCAUUCUGUGUGGACUACUGGAAGGACUGGAGCAGGGAAGGCCCAUGUCCGGCCCUGCUGAGGUCUGGAAUGGGCUGCCCACUGGCCACAUCUGGGGAGGAAGCUCAAGUCCCAGCAUGCAGUCCAGCAGCCAGGAUCUGGCUCUACUUGCUGGGAUCUGUCAACUUUAUGGGCUGGCCUCCCCCAGGAAAAGAGGCUUGGGGAGGGAAACAGGAAAAGCCUCUUAGAAUUCAUGAAGCCUCAGGCUUCCUUGAGAGUGGCCCCCAGAUAGUCCUCAGUUGGGAAAGGGUUGGGCCCCCCCUGGGCUAGAAUGUGGUCAUUUGAACCCUGAGAGUAUUAGUUCUUUAAAAAAAAAAAAGUGGAGAUAUUUACUAGAAAUGAUUGUUUUAUCAACUCAUUGUAUAAUAAACAGGAGUGAGACUUCAUUGUAUGACUUCAGUUAAAAUGCUAUUUCGUAUGCACUCUUUAUUCACUUAAGAAGCUUGUCGGCAAUAAUAAAACCACAUUGUGUCUUUUGGGGGGGAGUGGGAGAGGCAAAGGUAAGGAAGGGUGGAGAGCCUGGAGAAGGGGUAUGGAUGCACAGAGGAGGCAAAUUCCAUCACACAGCAUCUUGGUGCCUGAGUGGGGUUUCUGCCGCUGAUGGACUGACUCAACUGAGUAACGAAGGCCUGACCGACAGUGUUCCAUGAGAAUGCAGUGUGUGUUCUUCCUUUUGGGUUGUAACCUAGUUGAGCUCCCCUUUAUCAGAUUGGCAGCUAAACAGUUGUAUUAGAUAAUCCUCAAAUCUGAAAUCCAGCCUGUUACGCUCUAGGGCUCGCUGCUUGGCCUGCGAUCGCUUUUUCUUGUGUAUCCAUUUCCCUCCUAAGGUGUGCUCCUAAAUGAAGGUUUCUAUGUACACAGAUGAUUUUACCUGUCAAUACCAGCAUUGUAUUACUAACAUGCAAAAUACUGCAAAUUUAUUUUGACAAAUUAAAGUUAACCAGUCACAAAUGU